AUGACUAGGAGGUCCAACAAGGACAACCUAGUUGAACAUCCAGAGAUAGACAAGCUCGAGAAGCAACUUAGGAAGCAAAAAGCCCAAGAGAUGGCCGACGAAGCAGCUCGCGCUCACGCCGCUGAAGUGGCGCGCGCUAAGAAGAAGGAAGAGAUCCACCUCCUCCUCCUCCUAAUCCACAAGAUCCUGCUGGAGAUAAACCCUAUCCAUCCACCACUUCCUGCAAGGAAUGACUAUGAGAUCAAGCCUCAGAUCAUAGCAUUGGUUAGACAGAACCAAUUCAAUGGCCUUCCAGCUGAGCAUCCUCUUGAUCACAUAGAAAACUUUGAAGAAAUUUGCAGCACUACAAGAUCCAAUGGAGUCUCUGCUGACUACCUUAAGUGCAAGCUCUUUUCAUUCUCUCUUGGCGACAAAGCUUCAAGAUGGUUGAAGUCUCUGCCAGCUCACUCCAUACCACUUGGGAUGAGUACAAGGCGCUUUCAUCAACCACUUCUACACCAAGCAAAGAUCAGUUUCUACCGAUUCAAGGAGUACAUUAGGGACUGCCCUAAUCAUGGUUUCAAUGAGGGAAACCUAUGGAACAUCUUCUAUCGUGGCAUAGACCACAAGUACAAGCUUUCAUUGGAUACUGCAAGCAAUGGAAACUUCAUGACCAAGACUGUUGAUGAAGCUAAGGUUCUUAUUGAGAAUCUUGCAGCUAGUGAUUGUAACAACUGUCCUGAUUAUGACCGCUCAAGCCGCACCACUACUAGCUCCCCUGAUUCUUUUCAAAUGACUGAACUCAAGAACAUGAUGGCUCAAGUUCUUAAGGGACAGCUCAAGCAUAUCAAUGCAAUAGAAGGGAUGAGUGAUGCUAAUGAAGACCCAUCAAGAGAAUGCAUGGGAGAUUUCUCUAAUGAAGCCAAUGAAGAAGAUGUGAACUACAUUGGAAACUAUGGGAACAAGGGAUACAAUCCAAGCUAUCGCCCAAACCCCAACAUGUCUUAUAGAAACCCCAAUGUGGAGAAUCCUCAAGACCAAGUGUAUCCUCCAAGGUAUCCACAACAACAAAGACCUCCUUACCAAUCUCAAGGAAGUCAAUUUCAGCCAAGGCAAGGUAUGAGCAGAGAUCAUCAUAUCCGCCCAAGGAGCCAUAUGCUUCUUCACCAAAUCAAGCUCCUCCAAACCAACAAGGGGAGAUUUGAAGGAAUCCUCCAACAGAUCAUGGAUGGCCAGAAGAGAAACAAAGAGAUGUAUGAGAAGAUGGACACUUUGUUCAGCAAUCUCAACACCAAGUAUGAUGCUGUUGCCACUCAUGUGAAGAAACUAGAGACUCAAGUCACUCAAACUAUGGAAGCUGUUAAGAGACAGGAAGCUGAAUCCAAGAAGUCCUUUUGCAACUCAGCCGCCAUAGAAGAAAGAUUUGAAGACCAAGUUCCAGAAUGGAUGCUUUCAAAACCUACUGUUGAUUGCAUGAUUUGGCCUGAAGAGAAUUACCCAGAGAGAGAGUCCAAUCGAGCUAGAAAGAGAAGACUCUUCCCAAAGAUUAUCCCCAAGACUGAUAACUCAGGAAAGUUUGUUGCCUUGUAUCAUCAAAGGUAA